AUGGUUCAAGGAUCUCUCAAGAAGGCCAAGGCGAACACCGCCUCUACAAAACGGUAUUCCCCUCCCCCCUCGGAACGCUACAAGCGCAAGCUAUCGGAGGUUCCGGUGGUGCAGCCGCAGAAUGCGCCGCACACAGCCCUCGGUCCCAAGCCCGGACCUCGUCAGAUCGCGCCUAAGAAGGCCUCGUUGGUGAAGCAGAAGAAGAUCACCAAGAAACUCACGGCUGGUUUGGUUACGCGAACGGAAAGAAGUCUCGCCGAGCGGGCGGGUCAUCUGGAACUGCUUGCUGGUGGCAAGAAGGAUAAGAAGAAGACGGCCGAGAAGGGAAAGCAGCAGGGUGCGAAGAAAUAA